AUGAGGUUCUCGUUUGAUGAAUUGUAUGAAGAUGUUGUAAGUAAAAAUGAUACGGCCUUUGCGCCGCAUGAAGAAACAGAAGAAACAGAAGCAGAGGAAGAGUAUACUUUUAUUGGUGAUCCAGCGGACGGAAUCCAACUUAAGUUACCUAAAUAUCAAAAUGUGAUAGACGAUAUAGAUGGAAACAAGUCUGAUUUGGCUAAUGCUGGAAGUUUAGAUGACAUCGUGGAACCGGCAAUAGCGAUGAUGCUCUCUUCAUUGAAUUUAAUGUUAGAGAGGAACACUGUUCCUCAUCUGGGCUCUGUGAGCUCUGCUAAGAUGGAUUCAUAUAAGGCGACACAUCCAAUUACAGGUUCCAAAGAUGUUGUGGAUGAAGUGAGUAGCAGUCAUGUGCAAUUGGUCAAUAACUCAUUGGAAACUGUUUGGAACGAUACUAUAAACUCUGUUGCAGCUACCAAUCAGUCACUAUAUAAAAGCAUCAAGGAGCGAAAGAAGCGGGAGGCAGAAGAGAAGAAACGAAAAGAGCUUGAAGCUAAACAAAAAGCCGAGGCAGAAGAGAAGCGUAAACGUGAAUUAGAAAUAAAACAACGUGAACAACAAGAGCUCGAACGUAAGAAACAAGAAGAAAAGUUAAAGAGGGAGCAGGAGGAAAAGAAGGCAGCUGCGUUGAAGCUACAGAAAGAAAAGCAAGAACAGGAACAGAAUAAACUGAAACAAGUCAAAGAACGUACCAACUUCGAAGAAAUUGAGUCUAUGUUCCUCAAGUAUAAAGGCAUGAUUCAAACGAUUAAAUCAGAAAUUGUGGAACCUGUGAAGAAAGAUGCUACUUUGAAAAAGACUUUAGCUCAGCAUAAGAGAAAAAUCAAUCCAAAGUUUGGCCAAUUGACUAACAGUACGCAACAACUCUCAGCAAUAACAAACGAGCUGACAUCACUAGUCGACCAAACUAAAGCCAACCCAUUGGCUUACAAAUGGAUCCUUAAUUUCAUUUCUAAAGCCAUUGUAUCACAAGCUGAAUCUGAAGCUAGGGUUAAACCAGAGAGUGCUUUACCAUUAGGGAAACUGGCUAUUAACCUUCUUGCCAAAUAUCCUGAACUAAAAGAGCUACUACUGGCUAGAUUUAUCAAAAAAUGCCCAUUCAUUAUUGGAUAUUCAUGUAACAUAGACACCGAGGAGGGAAGAUCCAGAAUGGGAUGGAAACGUCAAAGCAACAAUAAGUGGGAAGAAGACACAUCGUAUGAUGAGAGAAUGGGUGGUAUGGUAACACUAUUUGCUGUUAUAACUAGACUCCCAUUGCCUCCAGAAUACAUACAAACCCAACAACACCCAUUCCCCAUCUCGUGGUCAUGGAGAAUGCUUGCAAGAAUCGCUAACACACCUAAACAACUACUCACAAAUACUCAUUUUGUCGCUCUUGCGUGCUGGUGGGAAGCUGCAGCUCGUGAACUCUCAUAUGCAUAUAAUAAGCAAGCUUUCAAACUACUUGAAGCCGUCUCUGCAGACUUGACAGCUCUUGUAGCGGACAUGAAAUUUGUUGGAGCAGCCAGACUACGAAUUAUAAACGAGGAAUGGCACUCCACUAAUAAUCUUGUCUCAUUCCCCGAAAUGACAGCAUAA